GAGCACAGGAAAAGCGAAACAGUGGCAGCACCCUGGUGCAGGAGCUGUCCCUGGGGCUCUGUGCCUGCCAGGGGAGAAGAUGUCAGACUCGGAGGGGUGCCAGGAGGGUGCAGAAGGAGUGAGCCAAGUGGGAGAUGAAUCCCCUGAGGAGAACGAGAGGCUGACAGCACAGUGGAGCGUGGAAGAUGAGGAGGAGGCGGCGAGAGAGCGGCGGCGGCGGGAGCGGGAGAAGCAGCUGCGGUCCCAGGCAGAGGAGGGCUUGAAUGGCACCGUCUCCUGCUCAGAGAGUGCAGCUCUGGCACAGGAAAACCACUAUGACUUCAAGCCAUCUGGGACUUCGGAGCUGGAGGAAGAUGAGGGGUUCAGUGACUGGUCCCAGAAGCUCGAGCAGCGCAAGCAGAGGUCUCCAAGACAGUCCUACGAAGAAGAGGACAGUGGUGUGAGAGAAGCUGAAGUCAAACUGGAGCAGAUCCAGCUGGAUCAGGAAAGCCCAGAGGAGAAUAUGGCAGUCAGAGAGGAAGAGAGGCUGUGCCAGGAGGAAGAAGAGGUUCAAGAGCAGGAGCAAGCUGAGCAAGAGGAAAAGAAGAGAAGGCGAAAUGAUGGAGAGAAGGAAGAAGAAACACCAGAGAAACGCCAGAAGGCUCCAAGCAUUGCCAGCCUGGAAGAGGAGGAGCUGUGCCCUGACCACACUGCAGUGUGCUCCACAAAGAUCACAGACAGAACCGAGUCGCUGAACCGCUCAAUACAGAAAAGUAACAGCGUAAAGAAGAGUCAGCCUCCUCUCCCUGUGUCGAAGAUUGAUGACAGGCUGGAGCAGUACACACAGGCUAUUGAGACCUCCACAAAGGCUCCAAAACCUGUCCGGCAGCCCUCUCUUGACCUUCCCACCACGAGCAUGAUGGUAGCCAGCACAAAAAGCCUCUGGGAGACUGGGGAGGUGACAGCUCAAUCUGCUGUGAAGCCCUCACCCUGUAAGGAUAUUGUGGCUGGAGACAUUGUGAGUAAAAGAAGUCUUUGGGAACAGAAGGGGAGUCCCAAACCUGAGAGCAGUAUCAAGUCCAUUCCUUCUGGCAAAAAGUAUAAAUUUGUUGCAACAGGCCACGGCCAGUACAAGAAGGUGUUGAUAGACGAUGCUGCAGAGCAAUAGCAUGUCUGAAGAACUCAUUAACCAGCUCAGCUUGGUCCUGACUGAAUGCAACCCUCCAUGCCACUAUUUCCUCUGCUCCACAGAAGAUAAUUGAAGGAUGUUUCUCUUCUCCUGACUGCUGUCAGUCUGCUUUGGGUACAGCCUGACUCCUCUUGGGGUUUGAACAAUACCCCACACUGCCUCCAGAUGGAUGAAGGGAGCUAGAUCAGCUGACAAAACUCAUCCCUGUUUUAACUUUCUUUGUGACUCUUUGGCUUUUUUUUCCUAUUUUUUUUUUUUUUUUUUUAAUCUAUCUCUGCUAUGGAGGUGAGAGGCUCUGUUCCCUCUCCCUAAGUGUUGGAAGAGAGGGAUCUGCUGCCCUGCUGAGCAGGCAAGGCUUUUGUUAUGUGAUUAAGAAUUUCUCCUUUUGUGGCCCUUGGUGGCUGGGUGGUGGCAGAGAAGGGAACUCAACAGAAAUCUGGUGAAGAAUAGGUGUUUGAAAGGAGGGCAGGUUCUGAGUGUAAAAAGACUGCAAGGAGAAUGUGAUGCAAGUGCAAGGACCACUUGUCACUCUGUUGGUGCCAGCUGUGGGUGAAGUCUUCCCCUGUUUAUGAUGCAGCCUCUGUCCCUCUAGAUCAUCUGCUUUGAGGGACUCCCAUCUGCAGGUCUCUGCAUACAAAAAUUACAUUCAACUUAGUCCUCUUUUUCCUUUAGUUCCCAGAUCAUUCAUUAUUCAGUUAUGUACUCAUGCCAAAAUGUUCCUGCCACUUUUCUGCCUCAGCAGGGCAAUAGCAGCUUUAUUUCAAACAGCUGCUGCCUUCCUCUGUCUAAAAUGGAUUGGAGAUGUCCUUUCCCAGGUGAGGAGCACUGACCACUGGUGUUAUCUCCCUUCCCUGGGAAAGUGAUUUGCUUAUUCUCUAACCUGUGGGCUCCAGUGCCAGAGUGUGAAACACUUCUAAAGGUUAGAUGUGGUGGCACCUUGCUAACUUGUGAGCUCUGUUCCUGAAGCUGUGCAGGAUAUCUGGGAAAUGGCUGCUGCUGGAAGGGAUCUUGGUGAAAUGGCAUCCUAGUGAAUUGUUUGUGGAGACCAAGGCUUGCUGUGACCUUGAGGAACUUAGUGCCUCAGGAGUGGCAUUUCUGGCCUUGGCCCUGAGGUCUGCAAAUGAGCUUCUAGGGUUGUUUCUGAACUCUCCCAUGCCUUCAUACUUCAUGGUGUUAACAUGUCCCCCAUCCCCUCUUUAAUCUCAUUCCUACCUUCUUACCAUGUCAACAUAAUUUUGCAACUUGUUUCUACCCUCCUGGAAGGAGGGCAGCUUGUUUUUCUUCUUGCAUCAGUGUGCUUUCUGCUUAAAACUUUCUGCCCCAUGGAUUUUCUUUGUUUUUGAUAAGCAUUUAAUAAAAUUUGAAGAUGUUGUAA